AUGUCCCUCGAUGCGGCGAUCGAUGCGGCGGAUGACGUGCUCGUGAAUCACUUCUUCCCCGCUUUUGGCCUCGAGGUGGCGCGAGAGCUUCGGGAGAGCGGUGAGAAUGCGCUCGCGAGCGACGUAACGAGCGCCGUGCUCGAAAAGGACUUUGCGCGCGCGGAAGCGAUCGUGGAGCGUCUGUACGCCGAACUGUUACGCUCUGAGGGGUCGUGGACGUCUACUGCGCAUCGUGAGUGCUACGUCUUGGCGCAGCUCCGGACGUGCGUGGAGCGGUUGCGAGGUCGAGGGAACGCCGAGGAUGGGCGAGCGGCGACGCGCGCGUUGGAUAUGUGUGUCAUCUUAGGGGCGCCCGCGGACGCUUUGAGCGCGUUCGUGAAUGCGUGUGAGUUGAAGCUUGGAAUAAGUGCGAUCAGGGGGGCGUACGAGCGACGCGUGGAGUGCGGGUGGACGUUUCCGCGCGAGUCGCCAGAGCCGCCGGCGAUGGGCGAGAGGCGUUGGCUCGAGCGCGUCGACGCCAAGGGGUUGACGGCGAAGGAGUUCAGGCGCGAAUACUUCAAAGUCGAUAGACCCGUCGGGCUCGUCGGGUUAGGGGCGGAUUGGCCGGCGAUGCGGAAGUGGGACGACCUGAGAUGGUGGAGCGCGUUUCACGGUCAUCGAAGCGUGCCGCUCGAGCUUGGCGCGUACGACGACGAGGGCAACUGGCGCGAGACCGUUAAAACCAUGCAUGAGUUCGUCAUGGAAGAUUUACAACCGUCAGUCUCUGGUAGAUCGAACGCGGUGGCGUACCUGGCGCAACAUCGUCUCGUCGAUCAUUUGCAGUCGCUCUCGAGCGACUUUACCGUGCCCGAAUUUUGCGCCAAGUCGCUCGAACGAAUCAACGUAUGGAUGGGAACCGCGGGGACGGUAACGCCGUGUCACUUCGACACGUAUGAUAAUCUAUUAGGCCAGGUGGCCGGGUACAAACUCGUCCGACUGUAUCUCGAGUCGGACACUCCGUACAUGUACCGCUGCUCAUCCGGGUCGGGAUCGGGACGUCACGCCCAAGGUAACUUCAGCGCUGUCGAUGUGGAAAACCCCGACCUCGAUCGCUUCCCAGAAUUUGCCAACGCCACCCCGUUCGACGUCCUCCUCGCUCCCGGUGACUUCGUGUACGUCCCCGCGAAGACGUGGCACCACGUCCGCGCGGUCACCGCAUCAAUUAGCCUAAACUUUUGGUUUUAG